CUCCGGGAAGUCAAACUGGAGGAAGGAGGGCAAACUCGGGGAGGCGGGGCUCGGUGCCGCUGGGAGGCCGAGACGGCCGCGGCCCCCGCCCCCCACCCCGCUACAGAUCCGGAUCCGAGCGCUGGCCGCGGCGUCCACAUGGCGGACCCGCGCCCAGAUCCUGAAUCGGAGCCCGAAUCCGUGUUCCCGCGGGAGGUUGGGCUCUUCGCCGACUCUUAUUCGGAGAAGAGCCGGUUCUGUUUCUGUGGACACGUCCUGAACAUCACACAGAACUUCGGGUCCCGCCUGGGGGUGGCAGCGCGCGUGUGGGACGCGGCUCUGAGCCUGUGCAACUAUUUCGAAAGUCAAAAUGUGGAUUUCCGAGGCAAAAAAGUGAUCGAACUGGGCGCAGGGACGGGCAUCGUGGGGAUCUUGGCAGCGCUGCAGGGGGGGGAUGUUACCAUCACUGACCUGCCCCUGGUCCUAGAGCAGAUCCAGGCCAACGUCCAGGCCAAUGUGCCGACUGGAGGCCGGGCCCAGGUCCGCGCCUUGUCCUGGGGGAUUGACCAGCAUGUCUUCCCUGGAGACUAUGACCUGGUGCUGGGGGCUGAUAUCGUGUACCUGGAGCCCACCUUUCCACUGCUGCUGGGCACCCUCCAACACCUGUGCGGGCCCCAGGGCACCAUCUAUCUGGCCUCCAAGAUGAGAGAGGAGCACAGGACGGAGAGCUUCUUUCAGCACCUCCUGCCCCAGCAUUUCCACCUGGAGCUGGCCCAGCGGGAUGAGGAUGAGAAUGUCAACAUCUAUAGGGCCAGACACAGGGAACCAAGACCUGCUUGACGUCACCCUUCUGCUCCUCUGAGCCCCUGUCCUAAGGAAGAAACUGCCAUAUCUUCAAAGCCAUAAACAGGAUCAAAAGUAUGGAUUUCCCUUGCCUCUCUCUUUCCUCCUUCCCUCUCUGUUUCCCCAGAUAUUCUUAGGGAGGCGCCUGCUUGCUAAGAAUCCUAGAGCCCUCACAGCACUGGGGUAGAGCACAAAGGAAGUUCCCAGCUCCUGUUCUCAGAGGAGGAAGACAGGAGGGUAUCCAGGAUUUUUAGGGGUAGGGGAGGCAAAUGGAUGUGAGAGCAGUGGCUGCAGAGACUGUCAGUGAUCCCUUCCAGUCCUGCUGUUGUCUUUUUAUACAGAAUGGAUUUUUUUUUUUACCAGAUUCUAAUGGAAUUUUUUUAAAGGGAAAGAAAUGAGCAUUAAAGAUCUUUCCUGCAUCCAAAGAACUCAGACUUUUGCUGUGGGGUGGGAAGAAGAAACCUCAGACCACCCACUUCUUGCUUCUUGAGAUAGAGUCUGCUGGGACCAUGGCUUUAACUGGGUCACGUCCUCCCAGCCCUGAACUGGGGAUCGGCAGCAGAGCUCUCCUUUGGACUGUAGCUUCUCCACUCUUUUCAGAGUUGAAGCCCUAAUCACUAAGUACUGGGUUCUCCUCCUCUUUGAUUUUUCUUUAGGUUUCCAAGCCCUGUCAGUCCUUCCUUCUUAGUGUUUUUUGCCCUCCCCUCUUUUCCCUUCCCACUGUGGUUCCUGUGGUUGGGGCUGUCUUUACGUACUCCUUGGGCCACAUAUCACCUUCCUCUGGCCUCCUGGCCUCCAUUCUCUCCCUUCAAGCCACACUGCAAACUCUUGUGAUCUUCCAGAAUCAGCUGUGAUUAGGUUCUGCUGCCUACAGAAGAAAGACGCUCCUCUGGUUGGUCUCAGUCUCUCCCAUGUGACCCAGAUUACCCUUGACUUCAUUGCCUGCUGGUGUCUACAUGUGUUGCAACCUCUGGCCAAAUUACAGAAGGUCUACUCUCUGUUCCCUAAUCUGUACCAAGAUCCUCUGACUUCUUCCUUCCUUCCUUCUUUUUGAUGAUUCCCUGCCUGGAAGGGCUGUUUCUCCCUGUCAGAAUCUUCAUUACUCUCAGCCUCUUUCCUGGAAAGAGCUUUUCCUGAGCCUCCUGUUUGGAUGUGAUUUCCUUCUCCCUUGAGACCUUUUAACUAUUUGUUCAUCUUAUGGGACUUACCUCGUCUUGUGUGUCAUUUGUUGGCUCCCUAUUUUCUCACCAUUAGAUUACCCUGGAGGGUAGGGCUGUGGUUUACUCCUCCCUGAGCCCCUGAAGGCUAGUACAGUUCCUGGCACGCAGCUGACGGGCAACAAAUAUUUUGCUCAUUCAGCAAAUAUUUACUGGGUUUGUGGAAGGGACUCCACCCCUACCUCCUCAGGCCUCCUUAGCCAAAUUUCUGAACCGCCCCCCUCCCACCUCACAAGUUUGUCAUGAGUCAUAAAUGGAUGAUGAAUAUGAAAGGGCAUUGGAAAUAAAGAAGCAUAAAAUGUUACCACAUGUCUUGGACUGUUAUUUUGUGACAACUUUGUCGCAUGGUUGGCGUUAUUUUACCUAUGGGGGUAAUUCC